AUAUUGUGCGGCGGCGCCGGCGGCCGCGGCGGCUGAUACCGGAGUCUCGCUCCGGCCGGCGGAGCCCCAGGCUGGGGCAGGAGCCGCAAUGUCUCAGGCUGUGCAGACAAAUGGAACUCAGCCAUUAAGCAAAACAUGGGAACUCAGUUUAUAUGAAUUACAACGAACACCUCAGGAGGCAAUAACAGAUGGUUUGGAAAUUGUGGUUUCACCUCGAAGUCUGCACAGUGAAUUAAUGUGCCCAAUUUGUUUGGAUAUGUUGAAGAACACCAUGACUACAAAGGAGUGUUUACAUCGUUUUUGUGCAGACUGCAUUAUCACAGCCCUUAGAAGUGGCAACAAAGAAUGCCCUACCUGUCGGAAAAAGCUAGUUUCUAAAAGAUCACUAAGGCCAGACCCAAACUUUGAUGCACUCAUCAGCCAAAUUUAUCCAAGUCGUGAUGAGUAUGAAGCUCAUCAAGAGAGAGUAUUAGCCAGAAUUAACAAGCACAAUAAUCAGCAAGCACUCAGUCACAGCAUUGAGGAAGGACUGAAGAUACAGGCCUUGAACAGGAAACAACAGAUUGAAAAUGGUAGUGGAGCAGAAGAUAAUGGUGACAGUUCACACUGCAGUAAUGCAUCCACACAUAGCAAUCAGGAAGCAGGCCCUAGCAACAAACGGACCAAGACGUCUGAUGAUUCUGGGCUUGAGCUUGAUAAUAACAAUGCAACAGUGGCAAUUGAUCCAGUAAUGGAUGGUGCUAGUGAAAUUGAAUUGGUAUUCAGGCCUCAUCCGACACUUAUGGAAAAAGAUGACAGUGCCCAGACGAGAUACAUAAAGACUUCAGGUAAUGCCACUGUGGACCACUUAUCCAAGUAUCUGGCUGUGAGAUUAGCUUUAGAAGAACUUCGAAGCAAAGGAGAAUCAAACCAGAUGAACCUCGAUACAGCCAGUGAGAAACAGUAUACCAUUUAUAUAGCAACAGCCAGUGGCCAGUUCACUGUAUUAAAUGGCUCUUUUUCUCUGGAAUUGGUCAGUGAGAAAUACUGGAAACUGAACAAACCCAUGGAACUUUAUUACGCACCCACAAAGGAGCACAAAUGAGCUUUUAAACCAGUUCUGAGACUGAACUUUUUUAUAGCCUAUUUCUUUAAUAUUAAAGAUGUUACUGUCAUUACUUUUAUGGACAGAGUUUGGAUAUGUUGUUCAAUUUUCUUUCUGAGCCAGACUCGUUUACACUAUUAGAAUAUUUCCCCCUUAAUUUAAAAUUUCCUUUU